AUGAAGGAUAAUAAUAUUUUAGAUAAAAAAUAUAUUAACAGUAUUUCUGAUGCAAAAAAUAAGCUAAUAAAGGAACUAAAAGAAAGAAAUGACUGUUCUAAUUUAGAUCGCUAUGAAAACAUGGAAGAGGCAGAAAAUUAUGUAAUGUUAUCCAUAUUUAAUAAUAAUAUUCAUGAUAUUCAAGAUAUAUUAAACAAUAAAACUCAUUCUGAAAUAUGUUCUUCUCAAAAUUUUAUCAAGCAAUGUGUAUCAUUAUAUAAAAUAAAAUCCUUUAGAAAAGAUUAUGAGGUAAAACGUUCCAACGAAUGGAUAAAAUAUAAUUUACCAGAAUUAUCUUCUAGUCCUGACAAAAAUAUAAACAUUGAAGAAUGCAUAUCGCAGACAAAUGGAAAAGGAUUGGAUUCUGAUAAUGCUGGCCUAUUGGAUAGAUCUACGUCAUUUAUUGUACCUACAAAAAUGACAGAACCAGCAGGAAAAACAGUGCCUACAGCUUUGGGAACUAUAGCUGGAGUAUCAUCCGUUUUGGCGCUUUUAUAUAAGGUUAUCACAAAUUUUUAUUUAAACAUAUGA